AGUACGAUCUCGCGCAUUGAGGCGCGUAGUCGCGCAUCCGCGUACAAACAGUCUAAAAUCCUUUAUAUAAUUUUAAUAAUAAUGAACAGUUAAAAAUAAUAACAGAUAAUAUAAUAUAAAACAGAAGUUUUAUUUAACAGAAGAUUUAAAAAAAUAUAUGUUUUAAAUUUGUUUUAAAUGCCGUCCUCAUUAAAAAUGUGCCAUUCAAAAUAAUAAGUGAUAUUUACAUCACAUCCUGUGAUUACAAGUGAUUUUUAAAAGAACUGUUUUUAUUAUAUGUAAAAUAAGUAAUCAGAAUAAUUAAUGUAUGUAAAAAAUUAAAUAUACUGCAUUGAAAAAAUGGAGAAAUAGAAUUACCUUAACAAAUUACAAAUAGACAGUAAUUUGUGUCUACAAAUUUUAAAAAGUUUCUAAAAGUUUAGUAUAUUAUUUAUCUAUAAUAAAAAAAGUUUUAUAUAAAUUCAAAAUGGCCGCCAUAUCCCCUGACACACCAACGACUGAGACCCCCGAGGACACUCCAACUCCUUCCCCUGGUCCAGAAAAUGUAACCAAAUUCAACUGGCUAAAACAUGCGCACGCGUCUCGUAGAAACAAUCCGUUCGUCAAAGCUCGACCGACUUUGAACAGAGAAAGCUCUACGGCUGAGCUUUUUUCAAGGGAGAACUCUAGUCCAGACCUUUUUCAGAGUUCUAGACUCAAUUUAUUUGAUACUACUCCGAAGCCGGAAGUAACGCCGCCUGGUUUUGUUAAGGGCAUAUCGUUCAUAGGAUGGCACCAGCGCACCCGCCUGGAGAGGUUCCUGAUGAUCCUCAGUGGGAUCCUGCUGGUCUUCGUUUUGCUGCUCGGGACGCUACUCCUCAUCCCCCACGGCUCCUACAUCAGAGUGCCGGACUGCGAGAAACCUUACACUCAUGGCACAAUCUGUCUCUCUGGCUCCUGUAUCUACACGGCUAGUGAAGUGGCGAGAGCAUUGGACGAAUCCCAGGAUCCCUGCGAGGACUUCUACGAGUUCGCCUGCGGGGGAUGGAUGAAGAACAACCCUAUCCCUGAGGGCAAGUCCAGUUGGGGGAUCUUCAGCAAGAUUGAGCUGCAAAAUCAGUUGAUUAUCCGAUUUGCUCUAGAUAAAGUAAACCUCUCCGACCCAACUACAGCUGAAGCGAAGGCCCGUAUCUACUACGAUGCUUGUAUAGACACCAAUGAGACGAUUGAGAAGUUAGCUGAGAAACCUUUAGUGAGCGUCAUCAAGAAGCUGGGUGGCUGGCACAUACUGUCCAAUACCAUGAUCAAACAACCCAAAUGGGACUUGCAAAAGUUGCUGCAGGAUGUUCAGAAUACGUACAAUUUAGGGGGACUGUUCAAUUGGGCUGUGACGGAGGACGACAGGAAUUCUUCCAGACACGUCAUUGUACUUGACCAAGGGGGUUUGAAUUUACCAACAAGGGACAACUAUUUAAACAAAACAGCUCAUAAAAAAGUCUUGGACGCAUACUUAGACUACAUGACUAGAGUCUGUGUACUGUUAGGGGCUAAUAAAUCCGAGGCUAGGGCUCAAAUGAACAGAGUGAUACAAUUCGAAACGGACCUAGCUAAUAUAACUACACCGUCUGAAGAACGAAGAGAUGAAGAAGGGUUGUACAAUCCUUUUACGAUAAAACAAUGGCAAAAAGAAGCGCCAUUUUUAAAUUGGUCUCUGUUCUUCAAUGAUGCAUUCGAAUUGGUUAACAGAAGUAUAUCAGACACAGAAACGAUAGUCGUGUAUGCCCCUGAUUACUUCAGGAAUUUGACGCAAGUCAUCAUGAAAUACAGCAGAACUGAAGAAGAUAAAAAGACUCUUACCAGCUACAUGAUGUGGCAAGUCUCCCGCUCACUAUCUCCCUACCUUUCAAAGAAUUUCCGGGAUGCUACUAAAAUAUUGAGGAAGGCGCUGUUUGGAUCAGAAGGCACUGAAGAAUCUUGGAGAUACUGCGUCACUGACACUAACAAUGCUAUUGGCUUUGCUGUCGGCGCCAUGUUUGUCCGAGAAGUCUUCCACGGAGAAGCCAAAACCCAAGGCGAGAUUAUGAUCGACAACAUUCGGAACGCUUUCAAGAGAAACCUCAAGAAUCUGGACUGGAUGGACACGGAGACCAGACUGGCCGCUGAGAUCAAGGCUGACGCCAUCACUGAUAUGAUUGGUUUCCCCGACUACAUUCUUCACAAAGACGAACUGGACAAACAGUACCACGAGCUGGAGGUGAAGCCUAAUGAGUACUUCGAGAAUAACAUCGCUUUCAACAUGUACAGCCUGAAGAAUGACCUGAAGAAAUUGGACCAGCCAGUCAAUAAGACUAAGUGGGGUAUGACUCCAUCCACCGUGAACGCCUAUUACACCCCGACCAAAAACCAGAUAGUGUUCCCAGCUGGCAUUCUCCAGCUACCAUUCUACGAUGGAGACAACCCCAAGAGUGUCAACUACGGCGCUAUGGGAGUGGUCAUGGGCCACGAGCUGACCCAUGCCUUCGAUGACCAGGGCAGAGAGUAUGACAGGUUCGGCAAUUUGAACCAAUGGUGGAACAACGCCACCAUAGCCAGAUUCAAGAAGCGAGCCGAGUGUAUCCAGAGACAAUACUCCAACUACUCUAUUGAGGGACAGCAUUUGAACGGCAAGCAAACGUUAGGAGAAAAUAUUGCAGACAAUGGAGGAUUGAAAGCAUCUUUUCAUGCCUAUUUGGAUUACAGCAAAAACGCCGUGGUGAAUUAUACUUUGCCAGGCCUCAAGUACAAUCACCGACAACUGUUCUUCAUAUCUUUCGCACAGGUGUGGUGUUCUGCAAUGACAAAUGAAUCAACGAAGAUGCAAAUCGAGAAAGACGACCACACCGUUGCUAAGUACAGAGUUAUUGGGCCCAUAUCGAAUUUGAAGGAAUUUUCUGAAGAGUUUAAAUGUCCGAUUGGAUCAAAAAUGAACCCGAAGCACAAAUGCGAAGUGUGGUAAAUAUUAAUAUUUAAUCAAAAAGAAGAUGUAAUCUCUGCAGAGCUUUGAAUGUGCUCUAUAUUUAUUUGAAGCAGCGAUUGUUCAGAUGUUCAACUGAAGAUUGUUCAAGGAAUAUGAUUAGCUUAUGAAAUCUCAAGAUUUUAUGCGCAGAAGGCAUGUAUUAUUACAUCAGUCUGUUUAAGAGUGACUUUAGGAUUUUGAUAUAUAUAUUGUUUGUAUAUAAUAGAGCUUAGCUUUGAAAACGGGUAUUAUGUAUGAGAGUUGAGGAAGCAAAUGCAGUAAAAUAUAUAGAGUUAUAGUUUGAUACAAGAUAGAAACUACAUUUCCUUGGAUUUGAUCACUGGAUUUAAUAAAAAUUUAGAAAACUACUAGGUACAUUAUUUGAAAACGAUGAUAAUGACUACUGUAGUCUAUCUUGUUUCAGACUAAGUAAUAGGUAAUCUAAAUAUUACUUCCUUAAAUACUUAAUCUUUGAUGUAAUUAGUAAUUUUGUGUUAGCAUUGAAGUUGUUAACAAUGUAUCCUAAUAAUUUAAGCUUCACCCUUAUUUUCCUUUAUUGUACCUUAAUUCAAAAAUAUACUUAAGUUAGUGUGUGAAAUGUCUAGACGUACUUAAUUUUUAAGUGAACCUGGUUAAUAUAAGUGCCAUUCAAAAAAUAUAAUUAUAAUUUAAAAAAAUUUCACCUUUCAAUAAUUUUAAUCAGAAUUAAGAUACAGCGUCCAACAUUAUAUUUUUAUAAACAAUGUUAUGUUUUUGUGUUAUUAAACGAGGUUAGAUUAUUUGAAAAAUCUCGACUGCACGAAUAGGUAAUAAUCUGAAUUUAAUUUAGAACAAUAAACCAAUUCACCCUAAAAUCUAACUAACUACAUGUUACAGAACGUGCCAAAGCAAUUAAACACCCGAAAACAUUUUACACAAUUAAUAUGCAGUCGGGUAAGUACAAGAUAGUUCUAUAUUCACACUGAUCAAAUAUAGGUGCCUUGAUAUUUAAAUUUCGGCUCCUUACAUAAUAACGCGAAUGAACUAACAAUAAUUACAGCUCGGGGUCACUGUGGUAAUCUAGAUAAAACAAUUUUAUAACAUAAAUAGUACUCGUAAUGGCGAAAAUGCUGGACAUUUUUGAACAAAUAUUUUUUAAGAUGUUUUGUUUUCGUAUAGUGAUUUGUACAUUAAUAUAUAGUUGUUGUGUUUAUUAUGUUCAAUGUGCGCAAAGAGUAUACUAGUGAUCAAACAAAAAUAUAAGUGUAAAGAAUUAAUGAAAAUCAAUAUGUUCAAUGAAAUUAAAAACAAUUUAGAUUGUUUAUUUUUUGUAAAGGUAUCUUUUGUUAUUUUUUAAAUGGAUUUUCACUAUGUAAACUUUAUUUUUAGUGUGCCAUUAAUCUGAUAUUGACGCGACAGAAGUAAAAAUGCUUAUUACUUUUAAGUAUACAGUUACCUUAGUAUAUAUGUUUACCUUAAAAUAAAAAAGGCAUAGAGGCCUUAUUUAUUUGAUGUUACCUUCACUCUAAUUAACUUAUUUUUCUUAAUAAAUAAAAAGAUUAUUUUAUUGAUAAUUAUAUUUUAACACACAUAAAAAGCAUUUAUUUUCAGAACAAUUAUGUCCAAUUAUGUCGUAUUAUAAAUAAAAAUGACAAUAAAUUUUUGUCUCUUGAUGUACCCAAUCCUGUAAUUGUACAAUUUCCUAUAUUGUAGCUCAUUUUAAAAAAGUAACAUUGAGAUUUAUAACUCUAAUAUAUAAGUUUUAAAAACAUAUGUAUGUACCUAAAAAUAAUAUGGAUUAUAUUGAUUUAUGGUAAAAGCAUAUUCAACAAAAUAAAUAAAGCCCAGUUCGAAAAUAUUUCACUUCAUCAACUUUGUAGGGUCAUUUCUGUUUCAUUAGCUGGGUAAUAAAAGUUCUCUGCCAACUUUGUGCACGAAUUUAACCUUAGAAUUAUUUAAAAAACAUUGAAAGGUCUUGUUUUGAAUAAAUAACCAUUAGAACCGAUUAUGAAAGUUAUUUAUAAAAGUGACAUUUCAUAUCAUUACACAAAACAGCUUAUCAAGCUCGAGACCAAAUACUUUAUAAGAAAUUUUAGAUGCAAUUUUUCGCAUUUUUGUUUAAUCGUAGAUGUAAAACAUUUUAGAAUGAAAGUAAUCACUCGUCAGUAUUAAUUACCUACUUAUACAAAUAUAAUAGAACUAAUUAGAACACCAAAAUUGUAUCGUUAUCGUUUUAUUUUAUUGAGUAGUUUAUUUUAAUUAUGUACUAAGUAUGUUUUUAUUUUACACUGGAUUGACAUACAUUAGUUUGAUUUUUUAUGAUUAAAUAUAUUUUGUUUAAAAUGGCUUUUAUAAGUCAUUAUAAACAUCAUUAAAAACAAAAGUGGUACCUACUGACUUUUGUUACCGACAGUACCUUUUUUGUUUUUAAGUACCUUCACAAUUUUUUGUAGUGGACUGAUUUGUUUGUAUGUAUAAAAUUGAAGAUUAAAUUUUGUUGUCAUUAUACGUA